AUGACGAGGGUGUGGGUGGAUGGAGUGGAGGAGGUGUUGGUCCUCGGGGGGUGCGGAUCGACCCCGCGGGAGCGACUUCCCCUCGCUUUUCUGUGGAAUCCGCGGACGACGACGGCGCGGGCGCUUCGACUUCCCCCGACGUGCCCAACUUGGGCUCGGCAUUGUUGUGUGGCCCUCGGCAAAGGGCGAUUGGCGAUUAUCGGAGGGGGGUUUACCUGCUUUUCCUUCGGAACGUUCAUCGCCAAACCGGUUUUACUCGAGAUUGGAGAUGUGGUGGAUCCGCUUCCUGCGCAGACCGCUCUCGCAGGCUGCGAAUCCACUCCGGCUUUGGCGUUCGCCACCACAGGGAAUAAGGGUGACCUUAGGGAAUUCGAUCAAAAAAACGCUAAUUUGUGGUUAACCUCGUUGCUCUCCCUUCCUCGACCGGCGGUGGAUGAGGCGAAAGGAGCCUUUGCGGUUGAACAUUUUUUGCAGGCGAUGCGGGAGUGCCAGCGGCCGACGUUGAUCCGCGGCACUUCGUUAGGCUCCUGCGUGGCAAAAUGGGCCGAUCCGAAUUAUCUGAAAGAUGCUACAAAGGAUUCCGUUGUCUCCGUGCAUGUUGCGAAAGGCUCCAAUUUGUUAGAUUUUGUUCGUAAAAAUUUCUCCUUUAGACAUGUCCCUUUUCAAGAUUUUAUCCAACACAUGCAGGACUCGACUUCCUAUUAUCGAACCCAUAAGAAGCUUUCCGAGGAAUGUUGGUAUUUUCGCUCUAUCGCAACUCACAUGAAGAGUGAAAGGGCGAACAUUUGGGAGGACUUUAAGGAGCUUGGGAAGGAUUUUUGUCUUCCAGACGGAGUUCGGGAAUAUGUUACCCCCCGAAUGCAUCAAUCCUGCCUGCGUAUUAACGCCGCACCCCUGCAGUUAUGGACCCAUUACGAUGCCAUGGAGAACGUUCUCGUUCAAAUCGUUGGCCGAAAGCGCGUUGUGUUUUUUCCUCCUAGCCAAUAUGGGAAUCUUUACAUCAAUGGAAGUUCUUCCCCCGUAUUAAAUAUCGACACGCCGAAUUUAAUACAGUACCCUCGAUUUAUCGACGCCUGCAAGCAUGCGCUGGAAGUGAUUUUAGAGCCCGGCGAUUUGCUAUACUUCCCAGCCAACUGGUAUCACAACAUCACAAGCCUCGUCGAGGAGUCCGAGGAGGCCCCCCCUUACUGCUUAUCCGUGAAUGUGUUUUACCGCCGCUUCGAUUUGUCGGAUUACGAUAAAAAGGAUCUCUAUGGAAACAAGGAUCUCCCUGCCGUUGUGGAACUUCGUCAGAAAAUUACUAACCACGUUCAGGAUUUGAUUGAUCAACAACUUUUGAAUACGGGCGGCGAGUCGCUUUGUUCGGAGUAUAAGGAGUUCGCUUUACGACAGUCUCUACAACAUUUAGAGAACGUAGCGGAUUCUAUUGCCGCUUCUGCAAAAAAAUGA